AUGCCUUUCAGAUUCUCGGAACUCGCUAGAAGAGGUAAGUCCUUCGGCGGCGGAGGAGGGGUUGGAGGUGGAGGUGGCUUUAAAGCAGCUGAUAUCAAUGCACCUUCUCCUUCGAGGCCAGUAACUGCUGCCAGUUACGACUUCCGCCCUAAUGGACCUCCGCCGGCCCCUCCUGGCGCUAAAGUGCUAAAUCGAAACGACAGCCUCGCCUCAGCCAGCAUCUGCUACGACAACGGCACGGGCAGGCUGCAUGACAGCUUCGUGCAGCAGCAAGGUCUACCCCCGCACGUGCGCACGACAGAGCAACUGGCCGAGUUCAUCAGAAACCGCUCGCACAGCGACGCGUACAGGGACGAAGCCGGUGGAAAUCCCUUCUCUUCCGCCCCCCUUUCCCCCCUCCCCUGCUCGCGCGUGUGGUCGUCUUCGCACUAUUCCACGGACUCGUCUCCUGCUGGUGCCGGUGCUGCUUCGCCUUUCUAUCGCCAAGCCUCAGACGCGUAUGAGCGCCUCCGCCCGGCGACGGCGACGGCGUCGGUUUACAGCGGCACCGCCACGGCCACGACCAAGGGAGCUGCCCACCCCGUAGUUGUGGCGGGUAUUCGGCACAGGUAUGUCGCUCGACCAGCCGUCGUCCGGGUCCUGCCCGGCUCCACGCGUGCACAUGAGUAUCAGGGCUUCUGGUUAGCGCGCGGGACGAUGCGCAAGACCGAGGCCGAGACGAAAGGGUCCACGAAGUCGUGGAGAAGGAAGAAAGAAGGGAAGGACAAGCACGCACAGUCUAGCUCUUGGUUUGAUGACUGA